AUGCAAAAUAAACAAGAAAACCAACAGACGGUUGUAAACGUGAGUCCGAAGCCUAAUGCUACCAAAACGAGUAGUCGUCUGCUACAUAACGCUGCAUUUUCGCGCCGAAACACAGAUGACAUGACCAUGUCUUCCCAACCAAAGCCACUUGCAAAUCUCAACUUCACUAGUCCACUUUCCCAUAUCAUUCACCAAACAGACAAGGACGGCAUUUGGUCAGCUCUUGUAGUCAAAGAACAAAUUCAACGACCGACACCAACAAAGCACAAAGCAAAAACAAUAGGAACUACGAUUGAGUUGCGCAUGAGCAUUAUGCCUCCUCAAUCACCAGAAGACCUAAGCAAGAAGUGCUUAGUGCUUGACCUUGACGAAACUUUGGUGCAUUCGUCAUUUGAACCGAUAUCUAACCCGGACUUCAUAAUUUCCUACGACCUUGAUCAAGUGUAUGUGUGUAAACGGCCUGGAGUCGAGGAGUUUCUGAAUACAAUGUCGAAGAUUUACGAAAUUGUGGUGUACACGGCCAGUUUAAGCAAGUAUGCAGACCCACUGCUGGAUAAGCUAGACGCUGAAGGAGUUAUUCGCUAUCGUCUCUAUCGUGAACACUGUGUUCAGUAUGAAGGCAGCUAUGUCAAGGAUCUUUCGCUACUCGAUCGUGACAUUUCGCAGACAAUUAUUGUCGACGAUACACCAAUGGCUUACACUUUUCACCCGCAAAAUGCCAUUGGUUGCUCAAGUUUUUUUGACGAUAGAGAUGAUUGUGAGCUCGAGUCGAUCUUAACUUUUCUUACUACAAUCCAGGACGUAAACGACGUGCGUGACCAUCUACCGCGCCUUUUUAAUUGA